GUCCGCAGUGAAUUCUUAUUAGUUCCAAGUUAGAUAAACAUAUUUUUUUUUCAAUACUGUUCUUUUUCCAUAUUUUCCUGAAAAUAGUGAAUUGAGCCAAAAAGAAACACAGCUAAUUAUCUGAUGAACUGGUCCUGCUUGGUUUUUACGAAGUAAUACAAAUUCAUUAUUGUUAAAAAUACUCAAAUAAAAGGAAAAGAUUGUUGAAAAAGUGUAAAAGACCCCACCCAACUUUUACUUUCAUACUACACUCAGACACAUUUUAAAAUUGGUAAUCUUCAGAAUACAAAUAUAAUAGCUGAACAACAAGCAGAAUAAAUAUUAUGAUGGCUAACGGAAUCGAAACAAAUCAACAAAAUGGUCGAUCGGGGUCCAUCGGUAGUGGACAAGAAGAGAGCAAAACUAAUUUGAUUGUGAACUAUUUGCCUCAAACAAUGACACAAGAGGAAGUCAAAUCAUUAUUUUCCAGCAUUGGUGAAGUCGAAAGCUGUAAAUUAAUACGUGAUAAAGUAACAGGUCAAAGCCUUGGUUACGGAUUUGUAAACUAUCAUCGACAAGAGGAUGCUGACAAAGCAAUCAAUACAUUCAAUGGGUUACGUUUACAAAAUAAAACCAUCAAAGUAUCUUAUGCACGACCAAGUUCUGAUGCUAUUAAAGGCGCAAAUUUAUAUGUUUCUGGACUCUCUAAGAGCAUGACCCAACAAGAUUUGGAAAACUUGUUUAAUUCAUUUGGUCAAAUAAUAACAUCAAGGAUUUUGUGUGAUAACAUAACAGGGCUUUCUAAAGGGGUGGGAUUUAUACGUUUUGAUCAGCGAUCAGAAGCAGAACGUGCUAUUCAGCAACUUAAUGGGACAACACCUAAAGGAGCAACUGAGCCAAUCACUGUAAAAUUUGCAAAUAACCCCAGUAACAAUAUCAACAAGGCCAUUCCUCCCCUAGCUGCUUACUUAACUCCAGCUCCAAAUUUAAGGCGUUUUCCUCCUGGUCCAAUCCAUCAUAUAAGUGGACGAUUUAGGUACUCUCCAUUGACUGGUGAUUUAGGCAAUUCAGUAUUAUCCGCAAAUGCUAUCAAUGGAUCCGGUUGGUGUAUAUUUGUAUACAAUUUAGCACCAGAAACAGAAGAAAAUGUACUUUGGCAAUUAUUUGGCCCCUUUGGAGCAGUUCAAAGCGUCAAAGUCAUCAAAGAUCUUCAGACCAACAAAUGCAAAGGUUUUGGUUUUGUUACAAUGACUAAUUAUGAUGAAGCUGUCGUCGCAAUACAAUCAUUAAAUGGAUAUACUUUAGGUAAUCGAGUCCUCCAAGUUAGUUUUAAGACGAACAAUUCGAAAAAUAAAUCCAACUGAACAAUGAAAAGAAUUCACAAUCUAAAUACAAUCUAAAAUAUGAAACAUUUUUACUCAUUGUUGUAAGGUAACAACAAACUUAUAUGAAGUACGAUGAAACACCACCACUAACAAAAAAAUAAUAA